GUAAUAUCGCAGUCUUUAACAGUUACUUCAGUUAAAAUCUCUCCUGAUGGUACUACUUUAGCAUCUGGUAGUGAUGAUAAUUUCAUCCGUUUAUGGGAUAUUAAAACAGGAUAAUUAAGAGCCAAAUUAGAUGGUCAUUCAUCAUCUGUAUGGUCAGUAAAUUUCUCUCCUGAUGGUGCUACAUUAGCAUCUGGUAGUUAUGAUAACUCUAUUCGUUUAUGGGAUGCUAAGACAGGAGAAUAAAAGGCCAAGUUGGAUUGUCAUUAAAAUGGAGUUUAUUCAGUCAAUUUCUCUCCUGAUGGUACUACAUUAGCAACCGGUAGUAAUGAUAACUCUAUCCGUUUAUGGGAUGUUAAGACAGGAUAAUAAAAAUCUAAAUUAGAUGGUCAUGAAGAUUCAGUUAAAUCAGUUAAUUUCUCUCCUGAUGGUUCUACAAUAGCAUCUGGUAGUUUGGAUAAGUCUAUCCGAUUGUGGGAUGUUAAGACAGGAUAAUAAAAAGCCUAAUUAGAUGGUCAUUUAGGUUUUGUUUAUUCAGUCAAUUUCUCUCCUGAUGGUACUACAUUAGCAUCUGGUAGUUUAGAUAAGUCUAUCCGAUUGUGGGAUGUUAAGACAAGAUUAUAAAAAGCCUAAUUAGAUGGUCAUUCUGAUUAUGUUACGUCAGUCGAUUUCUCUCCUGAUGGAACUACAUUGGCAUCUGGUAGUGGAGAUAAGUCUAUGUGUUUAUGGGAUGUUAAGACAGGAUAAUAAAUAGCCAAAUUAGUUCAUUCAAAUUGUGUUAAUUCAAUUUGUUACUCUUCUGAUGGUACUACAUUAGCAUCUGGUAGUCAAGAUAACUCUAUCCGUUUAUGGGAUGUUAAGGCAAGAUAAUAAAAAGCUAAAUUAGAUGGUCAUUCAGCAUCAGUUUAUUAAGUCUAUUUUUCUCCUGAUGGUACUACAAUAGCGUCUGGUAGCUUGGAUAAGUCUAUUCGUUUUUGGGAUGUUAAAACAGGAUAAUAAAUCUAACAGUCAGAUAAUCAUUAUAAAGAUAUUUUAGCUUAAUUAUAACCUUCAAUAUUUAACAAUAUCGUACUUCCAGAAUGUGCAACUUCUAUUAUUACAAUUUUAAGAAUUCUCUAAAAUCCCAAUUUAGAAGCUGAAGGAGCUUUAAUUUUGAGAGGAGAAUUUGUAAAUUAUUAAGGCGUUGAUCUAAAAUCAUUAUUAAAAUCUAAAGGAAGCUGCAUCCUAGAAAACUAUAUAGAAAAGAAAUAAAAUUGAUUAUUUUAAAAAGUAUAAAAUACACAUUAUUUAACAAAA